UUUUGUAGAUACGAGAUUUUUAGGAGUGUUUUUGUGUCUCUUUGCUACAGCUUACUUGUGGUUCGCCUGUAACUUUGACUUCUCGUCGUUCUGCGGCUGGACCAGAGAGACCGGUACGGGAGCUGAGUGGAUCAUCCAGGCCAACGGGGCUCCCGCUGUCCACAGAGGACCACCCCUUGACCACAUGGGCCAACCUGGGAACUUCAUUUACGUGCAGGUGACUGACUCGGACACACCGAGUAAAACUGGUGAAGAUGAGGACAAAGAAGAGAAGGUGGCGAGGUUGGCCAGCCUGCCCAUCACCUCUCCAGACUCUGACCUGUGCAUGGCGUUCUGGUAUCACAUGGUUGGUGAACACGCAGGAGCGCUUCACAUCAAACACAGGAAGGAGACAGAGGAGGGGCAGAUCCUGUGGACGCUCAGUGGCCAUCAGGGCAGUCGGUGGAGGGAGGGACGAGUUAUACUGCCACGCUCAAGCAUCCCCUAUCAGGUGGUGGUGGAAGGCAUCGCAGACCGACGCAGCUUAGGCUACAUAGCUGUGGACAACAUCCAGAUCAUGGAUGGAGUCAGAGCUGAGGACUGCAAAGAUCCCAAACCUCCUACAUCUCCGCCAACAGAGAUCUUCAUUCUGCCCAUGGACACCUACUCACAAGAAAACAGUCCACUUGGCAGCCCAGGAAACAUGCUGAAGACCCUGGACCCGAUCCUCAUCACAAUCAUUGCCAUGUCAGCUCUGGGUGUCUUCCUGGGCGCCAUCUGCGGUGUUGUCCUGUACUGUGCCUGCUCACAGGGCAGCAUGACAGACAGGAACUUAUCUGCCCUUGAAAACUAUAACUUUGAGCUGGUAGAUGGUGUGAAACUAAAGAAGGACAAGAUAAAUGGACAGACUAACUACUCAGAGGCGUGAGUUAGAAAUGGGGACGGAGCUGCAGUUGCUCCGCAGGGACACGUUCGAUGCAGCCAAUCAAGAAAGUGGAACACAGGGCUGAAGCCACCAAUGGGACGGCAGGGUGGGCUGAAAAGUGAGCCGAUGUAAUUUUAUUUCUCAGGAGCAGCAGUGGAAGGGACUCACCUAUAGGGGGCACUGUGUAUAAAGAAUCUGUACAGCAAAAAAAAAAAAAGAGAAAAAAGAAGAAAACUAAGGAUUCUAUUUGUUUUUCGGCGUGCUUUGUUGAUUUCAUGUAAUCACAUGCUGGUGUUGAGACCAAUUCAGAUGAAAGUAUUAUUUGGAAAGAUAAAAUCUGUUGUUUUUUUUGUUUUCGUUUGUUUGUUUUCUUGGUUUUUUGUUUUGUUUUUUUCCUCUUUUGUUGUUUCAGAUGUCAUUGUUACACAGAACAGGCAGACUAUUUGAAAUAUGCUAUUGUGAUAUCUGGCUCUUGUUGGCCGUAUGUCCCCGUCCCCAUGUGUGCAUGAAAGUGUUUAUGAGUGUGUGUGUGUGUGUCACAUUCAUACACAUCUGUAUAUAAGGUGUGUAUGGGUAGUAGUCUGACUGUAGAGGUGUGUAUCAUUACAGUCAUGUUUGUGUACAUGAUCAGCAUGCAUCUGUGUGUGUGUGUGUGUGUGUGUGUGUGUGUGUGUGUGUGAGUGUGUGUGUGUGUGUGUGUGUGUGUGUAUGUGUGAAAAGCGGGGACCCGUCCCUGCCUGUUGACCUGCGUCUAGUUCCGACAGUGCCUUUUUUUUUUUCCUCCAGUUUUUCUGUUGCCUUUUUUUCUGCUGGUUGUUUUCCCAUCAGCUAAUGUCCCAUCUGGGGUUCCUACACGGAUGUGAAAAAAAAUGGAAAAAAAUAACGUUUCCACAUUGUGAUAAUAAACCUACAAACUUUUUAAUGUUGUAGUGUGUUGUCAAAUAUCACAUGUGUUGGUGUAGCUCUGUAGAUCCUCAUGCCUCAAUGACAGUGGCACUGACACACUUUUAAAAUCUAGGCGACAUUUAGGAAAACUUGUGAAAUCUAUGGAAUUUUCCAGAUGGAAAAUGUGUAGGAGCCCCGAAUGCCUCAUUUUCACGACACAUCCACCAUAUUGUACAUAGGUUUUAAUAUAUUUGAGCGCCCUCUUUAUAGAGAAAGACACCAGUGCUGCAGCAUCCUUUCUAUGCUGAAAGAAAUGUCACUGUUUAUCAUUUGGAUUUUGAUAAUGUAUACAAAAACAAAGAGAUACAGGCCUGUUGUUUUUGUGGUUUUUGAAUUUAAUUGUUCCCUGGUUUUCACUUAUGUUUUUACAGACAUGGAAAUGAGAGUAAGGAGAAAAGCAUCAGAUAUGCCUUGAAAGAAGAGACGAUGGAUUUUUUUUGUACAGGGUAACCUCAGUACCAUAAAGAUGCUGACAACAAGUUGAGGAUGGAUUGUUAAGAUUGUUUUUGAACGCCACUGGCACACAAUGAGACUGCUAGAGCUUUAAGCAGAAGGGUGCUCAGUGGUCUGGGAGCCUUGUGAUGGACUUCAAGCGUCUCUUUCAGUCUCUUUAGGGUCUAACAGCAUCUAUUAUUGAGCAGACAGGUUUCAUUUUCAGAUAGGACUGAAUAAUUAAGAACAGCUGGAAAUUUAAAAUUGUUUUCACUUUUAAAAAAAAAACUUAAAAUGAGUUUAUUUUGUGAGAUUUGGUUUUGUAUUUCUAUUUCAUGUGGUUUGUACUUGGUCUUUAAUUUGCUCGAGCAUUUUAAUGCCUUAUUUACUGUAAACCAUAGUAAACCUUUACACUUACCAACUUUGGUGUUUGUGAAAUAUAAAGUCAGGGUAUUUAUCUUCGAAAACUGGUUAAAAACUAAGAACAGCAAGUGUUCUACAAAGACUGCUUUGUUGUGCUUUAGCUUUUUAGCUGAACUUGUUGUUAUAUGGGUCUCUUCUUUAAAACACCGUAAAAAGAAAAUGUUGGUGAAAACUUUUUACUACUCUCUAACUAUCUGACAACCUCCAACAGAUGUUUGUUUUAAAUGGGAACAUUCUGACUUAUUGCUCCUUAAGUUGGGGCAAAAUACACAUGCACAAAACUUACUGAAACCCAGUAGUGUGGUUGACUGACAUUUUGCCUUUUUUAUUUCCUGUUUUUACUGCACCAUGAGUGGUAACUCUACCUAUUUUUAAUGUAGCAUUAUGAGACAUCACCCAGCUCAAACUGAGAAGUGCUCACCUAAGUAUCAGUUCUCCAUCUUUAACUGUCUUUUCUCUGUAGCCAUUCAGUAAGCAUCCACAAUCAAAUAAAGUGUGCUGACUGUUGAGGCAUUCAUGCUUUAUUCUUCCAUGUAACUCUUCAUCUUCUUGCUAAAGUUUUACCUGUACAUUCAUAACAGGAAAAAUAACCAGACAAUAUAUCCUCCCCCUUUAAACUUACAAGGAUGCUGCAGCACUCAACGUGAAAACAAAUGUUGCACUGAUAUAUUUAAAAAAUAAAUAAAUAAUCUAUGUGUUUAUGAUGUUGAUUUGCAAAAAGAGAGGAAGGAGGGAAGAGAGGACAGUGUUAUUGUUGCUUCUUUUUAACACGGUUUCAGAAGACUACGUUAUAAUUCUGAAAUGUACAAUUUACAGAGAUGUUUUUCAUUCUUGAAAAAGCUUAUAUGCGUCUCUUUGAAAAGUAACAAUUUUAUUUACUUGGUAUAAUAUCACCUUGUGUUUUUGUACUGUCACUGAUGUACGUGCCAAUGUUUUAUUUUUUUUCUUUGUAUGACAAAAAAAAAUGUUUUAUUUUCAGUACCGUUUUCUGUAAUUUUGCUGUCUCAAAUCUAGAAAAAGAAAGGAAAUGAGGAAGUUAAAAAAAAACAUUGGAAAGCAGUGAGGCCUUACGUGACUAAUAGUAUUGUUUGUACUUUGACUUUCUGGUCAACACUCAGACUCAUCUGUCUCUGUUGUCUCAGACUCUCAUCAUUGACUAUUACAUUCCAAAGAAUUGGAUCAAAUAAAUGUUUUAAUUAAAA